AUGACAAUGUUAAUGAUGGAAAGAAUCGUAACGAACUCGAACCAUAACGCUCAAGAAGAAAAAGAUAAGUUGCAUCAAUCAGAACCUCAAAUUUUUCGAAGGAAAGCGAAAAGAAAAAUCGACGAUACAAGAGAUGUAGAAAUGUGCGAAAAUUCAGACGAAGAAGAUUUGAAUGUAGACGUCGAAAGUGACGACACCCUUUGCCCCGUCGACUUGACUCGAAGACAAGAAAAAUUUAGUUCUUUCGAUAAUUUUCACAAGACUGAUUCAAACAGUGGCUUUUCCAGUUACAAAGACGACAGAAAGAGUCCCAAAAGUGUUUGUAGUGAACGUAGUAGAUCAAGAAGUCCCAGAGACCAAAGUCCUUCGGUAGUGCCUAUUCAGAAUAGACGGUUAGCGUUUUCCGUUGAAAAUAUCUUGGACCCUAAUAAAUUUACGGGAAGGCAGACUGUUUAUAGUGACGGAUUCUGUUGUUGGAAACCUUUAGAUGGAUCCAGCGGAUCACCUGAAUACGAAGGAAGUGACGCAGGUAAAGACCAUCAGUCAGACGACGAAGAAGACAUUCAAAGUGAUAUAAGUGAGGAUUCCAAAGAUCCCUCCAAAAAGAAAAAAAGUGACUCGAAAUCGCAAAAUUCCGGCAAACCUCGACGAGCAAGAACUGCAUUUACUUACGAGCAAUUGGUAGCGUUGGAAAAUAAAUUCAAAACAACAAGAUAUCUCAGUGUAUGCGAACGGUUAAACCUAGCGAUAAGUCUAAGUUUAACCGAAACACAAGUAAAAAUAUGGUUCCAAAACAGAAGAACGAAAUGGAAAAAACAGAAUCCUGGGAUGGAUGUUAAUUCGCCCACCGUCCCUCCUCCGAAUGUCGGUUCCGGAGGAUCCUUUCCGGGAUUCCAUCAUACACAUAAUGGUUUACUUUAUGGACAUCAUGUUCCUUACGGUGGUGUUUAUCCUCUGCAAACAACUAGUGCUAGUAGUUAUUCGCCAUAUUUUCAUUUAGCUAAUCAUGGCCAUAACUUAGGUACUUGAACCUAGUUCAUGCAUUAGUAUAUAGCUUGGGUUAAUUAGUUGCACACACAGACAUAUGUAAAAUAUCUGAAAAAAUCACUGAUUGAAAUUGAUGAGAGUAUCUUUCCAUAUUGAAGACUUUGUUUAUACUAGCUCUACACCAACACUCAAUUACAAUCUCUGAAGGCGAUAACUUGGUUAGGUUAGGUUCAGACAGUGUCAUUGUGAUUAUUGGUAGUAUAAACAGUGUGUAGUAUGAAUAUUAUAAAUGGCUCCAGAAAUUCCAACUUAUUUAUAUCCUUCUUUGAUUGUUCUGGAAGAGUAGUAAUUCAUAAAAUGAUGGCAAAUCAUUUGGUUGUAGUUCCAACAAUUUUCCUUGGUAUAAUUAAUAAUAUACUGCUUUCAACAAUUCUUUAAAUAAUAAUUCUCAACAUUUCUGAAUUCACAUUCAUUUCAAGUACUGUACACAUAUGUAUAUUGAAGCGUCAGUAUUAUUUGACUCAAAUAACUCUAUAAAUUCGACUCUUCACUUAUUAGGCUCUUAGUUAUCUUCCUGAGUCAUGUAAAAAAAAGAUGCACAACAGGUAUUCAAUGGUGAUACUUUUUUAAAAAUUUUGUUGUCUAGCACUAAUCUGCAUCUUCUGGGAUGAAGCACUAGUCUGCAUCUUCUUGGAUGAUAUAUGGAAAUAUAUUUACAUGUGAAGCCUUCAAUAUUUUCAUGAAAGUUUUGGAAAUUACACUCCAAAUUAUUCUCUAUUUCAGCGAUAAUUACUGCAUCAUUAUCAUAGUAUCUAGUAUGCUUAUUCCAAUGUAUUCUAAACGGUAAUUUUUCUUCUUAGUUUUGUCGUCUGUCAUUUCAGCUUCAUCAAGCUAUGUCCAUAUUUGGUUUAUAUAAACGCUCCCAGGCUAUCUUGAAAUUUUUAAUAGCUCAAGUCGAAAUAAAGUAUCAAAUCAUGAUUAAGGCCGACAAAGGAAGAAAAAAAUGGACAAAAUCUAGCGUUGGAUACAUUCACUAGACAUUUCAUGAAUAACGAUAAAUAUUUGCAGAAACUGUUUCUGUUUUCAUACAAAAUUCAAAACGAAACUGCAAAUCACCCAAUUUAGAUGCUUGCAGGGGCUUGCGUUUUUCUCUUUUCAACAAGAUUUUAUGUGAUUCUCCAUAUUUUGAAUAAAUUCUUGCUUUUAAGUUUCUGGGGGUUAAAUUUUCGUUAAUAUCAUUCGUUUUACGUUUAUUUAAAUUAUUUACCCCAAUUUCUAGAAGUAUAGAGAACUUUAUAUGAUCUACGUAUUAUCAUUAUCAUCAUUAUUCAAUUUUAAUCUUAAAAUCUGGAUAUUUGUGACAGGAAAGGAGUAUAUUAUGAAUACAAAACAAAAUGUCGAUUAUUACGAAUGAACGAGACUUCAUCUUUUCGACUGAUUACUGAUUCUGUUCUUGGUAUAUUAUCAACUAACCUUUGGAAAUCAUAUGGUGUGAAGCUAUUCAAAAUUUAUUGGAGACAGGUUUGUAAUUCUGUAACGGUCCUUGCAGGAUUCGAUAUAAGCUUUUUCCUCAUGCUAGGCCCCAGGUUUUCAAUCACUGCGAGAUCUGAACUAAUGAACUUCCAUUUUGAAACUAGAAGAUUGCCUUUUGAAACUCAAACUUUCACUUUUUUAGCUGUAUGAUAAGCAGUACUAUCUUGUUGAAAAAUAUAUCCAAUAUUAUAUGAGCAUUUGUCUUAAAUUUGAGGUGUUGGAUUUAAGGCUCGUUAAUAUACUUAUCAGCAUUCACAAUACUUUCCAUGAAGCGUAAGUUUACUCCUUACGAGCUGAUAUGGAUCCCCAAAUCAUAACAGACGCUUUCUUUUCAAGACAGUCAUUCUGAAUAACUUUCUUUAGUUCUUCUGACACUUUUGAACUUUCCUAGUAUAAUAUUUUGGACGGUAUACUUCGACUUAUUAACACUGUCAGCAUCGACAAAUAAUAUUAUUUCUCUUAUGAUGGCUACUUUUUCUUAAUUGGAGUCGAUAAACAUACCAUUCAACUUAUACUGUCUCCAACAUCUCUUUUGUUAAACAUUUUUUAUAGGCCAUUUCAACAUAAAAACUCUCCUAUUAUACUAAAUUCACAAAAAUUAUUUUUCGGGGAUUUGGACCAACGUCAUAAAAAGAGCUCGUAUAAAAUGAAACUCAGAUCUAAAAAUUUGUCCCGAUUAUCUCAAGCCAUAAUAUAAUGAAAUUUAUUUAUUUGUACUAUAAGACUGUAUAUCUUGAGCACAUAUUCCAAAAUACAAUAAAUUAUUGUUCACAAGCACGUUUAACUGAAGUACUCCUAGAAAUUUGAAGUAACAGCCAAAAUACUAACACUCUUACAGAGGUGUAAGGCUCAUAUUAUAUAGCCUUUUCAGUAAAAAGCUUUUAUUUAUAUGCACACUAAUCACCACGUACAUAAAAACACUUUUGGAACGAAGCUUCCAUAAUUCAAAAGUUUGAAGACAGUUAUCUUAUGGAAUGCUUUAAAAAUAUUGAUAGAUUACUUCAUCUAUCUCAUCUUCUCCUGUGCAGUGUGUGAGGAUGCAUUAUCGUGUAGGCGAAGAUUGACUAACACAAAAAUUCUGUGGUGUUACUAAUUGAUGUAGUUGUUGAUUCAACACCAGCAUUUAUCUCAAACAUUUCUUCUUCGAUCAUAAGUCUCACUCUUUCAAUUCUUCCAGUAAUAACUGAAUAACGGGGCUUAACGACACUUGCCUCAUCACCAAAUGAUAUCUUUCUUGUUUUAAAUAGUUGGUCAUGAAGGACUUUCAUCACCAAAUGCGUGGUGCAACAGUAUUAGGCUUUGUUGUUUACUUAACCCGCAUCACUAUUCACCCUGCGAUAGCCUCGAUUCAAUUGCAGUCAGAGCUAACUACUUAAGCAUAGUGGGAUGUAAAAAUGCAUUGCUGUUAGCUCAAACUCUCCUCGUUUUGUAGCAUCUCAAAAUAUAGUGUUACCCUCGUAUACAUUUACGUUAAUGUAUUCACCCAAGUUAGAGAUAGAUACUUUUCCUAGAAAAGAUUGAAACUAUCAUUGUAAUUUCCAUCAUUUCAACUGAUGCUCAAUUUUUUUCUUCAUAUACCUCAAUAGAUUGGGAAUUGAAUUACUUUCAUAUGUGCCUCGUAAGUUUUUCACAUCACUGGUAGAUGACAUGAUUGAAUUAAUUUCUAUUUCACGAAUAUAUUAUUAUAUUAUAAGAAUUAUAUUUGAAUUAUUUAAAUUAGAACAAUCUGUGUAGAAAGAAAAUUUUUUUUUGCUAGAAACUCAAAAUUUUCCAAUUGCUUGCAAAAUGCUUGUACAAACAUUUUCAAUCGAAGAAUUUCAACAGAAUCAAACUAAUCUGUGAAUAGAGUUUGUAUUUUGGAAUAUACAAAUUACUAAAAAAUUUUUAUGUAGCUAAAUAUGCUGUGCAAAAAUUAGUGUAAUAUAGUAAAAAACAGUUGUAGAAUUUAAUGUAUUUAUCAAUUGUACAUGAAUUUGAUCUUGUAAAUAUAUC